AUGAGUCUUAUUUAUGAGAGAACUCCGUGGUCGCCUGAGAUCCCGGAGUCAAUGAUGCGGCAGCCACCGCCGCCUCGACUAUCAAAGGCUGCCAGUAAAGAAGAAGGCAACGCUCAGAUUAUUGGUGGGCGCACAUUAUCUCCGAGGAUGUGUAGUAGAAGGAAGAGGCCAAUUACAGACAUAGACUCUCUAUCCGAUGAAUUAUUGAUGGAAGUCCUUGCACGCGUCCCAGGCAAAGAACUUUACGAGGCAAGGCUUGUUUGCCGCGAAUGGUACCAUCUCCUUCACACCCGUGAUUUCAUGCGCUUCUACUUACAGCACGCCCCUUAUGGGCUCCUAUUCGAAUGUACAAUUCUGGGCUCAUAUUUAAUGCUCUCACAAGGAGGGGUCCGAGUCGAGAUCACUAAGUUGGGGUACAAACGCAGGCUCCAUAUCGCAAGUAGUUGUAAUGGAUUGUGGUUAGGGAAUCAGUUAGGGGAUAGGGAUAAUCUGUAUGUCACGAAUCCCACAACGGGCCAAGUCGUUCUUCUCCCUCCACUUGUUAAUCGUGUUCAAAGUGGAUUUCAUGCAAUGGGGUAUGUACCAGCUUCCAUGGAGUAUAAAGCGGUUAUAUUUUGGCCUGCUUCAGAAAUCGAAAAGAGGAUGCAUUGUUAUAUAUUAAAUGUUGGAGUUGAUAAAUCAUGGAGGAAAGUUGAAUUCGAGUCGACAACACCAUUGCGAAUGGAUCGGUUGAUGAUUUCUGAAGGUUUUAUGCAUUGGACUCAUCCCCCUACCAACCAAGUCUCGACUCUGAAUCUGGAGACUGAAAUUUUUACAGAGACCCCUGGCCCUAUCCCUUUAGGUGGAGCUGGGAAUGUAAACAAUAUUUACCUCUGGACUGGAAGGUAUCUGUCAUUAUUGCGUUGUUAUGGGGAUAAUUCGUGGGAUAUUUGGGAGAUGAGUCGACCCGAAAGGGGGGAAUGGAGAAAGAAGGUAGAUUUUUCAUUGGCGGCUCACAAGGGAAGAUUCGAACAAUUAGGUCUUCGACAUGAUGACCUUUUAAUCCCAGUUGGGUGGGUGAAGUAUUUAGAGUUGUUGGCCCUGAAAUCUGAUGAUAAGGAGCACUGGACUUUUGUUUUUUUAUGCAAUCUUGUUACACAAGAAUUCGAUAAAAUUGAGUUACCUUUGUACAUGCCUCUGUGCAGUAUUAUGGUGCAUACGAGUAGUUUGGAGUGGUUGGAUGCUGCAGUGUAG